CUACGGAAAGGCUCUAGGGUCAAACCCAGCGUUAAACCCUUCGAGAUCAGCAGCCAGCCUGGAUCGUCAGACCUGGAUUGUGCGUGGGGGACGAACCGGACGGGACCCUCCGCUCUCAGCUGCCAUGAACCCCGCUCCCGGUGCGGCUCAGCGGUGACUGGCCCCGCGGCGGACGGUGCUGCUCGCUCGGUGGGAGGGACGGAGCAGCGGAACCCUGGGCUCCGGGUAGCGGCUUGAAGCAGCCUGCUGCGAUGCUACGUGGGCAUCUAGAAGAAAAGCGCCUUUCUGCUCUUCAGACGGAGCGCGAGCCGCGGCUCUAACGGCCGUCUUUCAAGUCCCUGAAUUUUAUCUCUCGCAUUUUUAUUUUUUUUUUUUAAAGCCGCCGCUGGUGAAGUUUCAUAUGGGGGGGAUGGCAGGGCGAAGCCGCAGAGCCUGGUUCAGCGUCCUGCUGGGGCUGGUGGUCGGCUUCACGCUGGCUUCCAGGCUCAUCUUACCCAGAGCCACCGAGCUGAAGAGAGCCGGACACAAGCGCAAAGCCAACCCCGCCGCCUGCGGGCUCAACGGGGGUCUGAGGAAGGAACACGGGGGGGUCCUGUGGGGGCAGCCGGCCAACGGCUCCCCCACCACCGACCAGCCGGACACCGGCUCCAAGAAUUUCCUCUUCGUCGGUGUGAUGACGGCCCAGAAGUACCUGAACAGCCGGGCCGUGGCCGCGCACAGAACAUGGGCCCAAACGAUCCCAGGCAGGGUUGAAUUCUUCUCCAGCGAAGGCUCAGACACCUCGAUUCCCAUCCCGAUCGUGGCUCUGAGGAAUGUGGACGACUCCUAUCCGCCUCAGAAGAAGUCCUUCAUGAUGCUGAAGUACAUGCACGACCACUACCUGGACAAGUACGAGUGGUUCAUGAGGGCGGACGAUGACGUCUACAUCAAGAGCGACAAGCUGGAGAGCUUUCUGCGAAGCCUCAACAGCAGCGAGGCCAUUUUUCUGGGUCAGACGGGGAUGGGGGCCCGCGAUGAACUCGGGAAGCUGGCGCUAGAGCCUGGGGAGAACUUCUGCAUGGGCGGUCCGGGCGUCAUCAUGAGCCGCGAGGUGCUCCGGAGGAUGGUGCCCCACAUCCGGGAAUGUUUGCAGGAGAUGUACACCACCCAUGAGGACGUGGAGGUGGGCCGCUGUGUGAGGCGGUUCGCCAAGGUCCAGUGCGUCUGGUCCUAUGAGAUGCAGCAACUCUUCUAUGAGAACUACGAACCGAACAAGAAGGGCUACAUACGGGACCUCCACAACAGCAAGAUCCAUCGGGCCAUCACCCUCCACCCCAACAAGAACCCCCCCUACCAGUACCGCCUGCACAGCUACCUGCUCAGUCGAAAGAUCGCAGAUCUGCGCCACAGAACCAUCCAGCUGCAUCGGGAGAUCGUCCAGAUGGGGCGCUACGGAGCAGCUGAGCCCAACAAGGAGGACUUGCAGCUGGGCAUCCCUCCUUCCUUCAUGCGCUUCCAUCCCCACCUGAGAGACGAGGUCCUGGAGUGGGAGUUUCUGACGGGGAAGUACCUGUUCUCGUCGUUGGACAGCCAGCCGCCGCGCCGCGGGAUGGACUCCUCUCAGAGGCAGGCCCUGGAUGACAUCAUCAUGCAAGUCAUGGAGAUGAUCAACGCCAACGCAAAGACGCGAGGCCGGGUCAUCGAUUUCAAGGAGAUCCAGUACGGCUACCGAAGGGUGAACCCGCUCUACGGAGCAGAAUACGUUCUGGACCUGCUGCUGCUUUACAAGAAGCAUAAAGGGAAGACCAUGACUGUUCCGGUCAGGAGGCACGCUUACCUGCAGCAGACGUUCAGCCAGAUCCAGUUCAGGGAGGAGGAGGAGAUGGACGCCAUGGUGCUAGCGAGCCACAUCAACCAGGAGUCCGACUCGCUGUCCUUCCUGUCCAACUCCCUGAAAAUGCUGGUGCCUUUCAAGCUGAGCAGUUUGGGCCAGGACCAGAGGGAGCCCAAAGAGAGCAAAGUCAACAUCCUGGUGCCGCUCUCGGGCCGCUAUGACAUCUUCGUGCGCUUCAUGGCGAACUUUGAGAAAGUCUGUCUGAUCCCCAACCUGAACGUGAAGCUGCUGAUUCUGCUGUUCAGCACCGACAACAACGCCGAUCGGGUGAAGCAGGUGGAGCUGAUGAGGGAGUACCACAUGAAGUAUCCCCGCGCCGACAUGGAGAUCAAACCCGUGGCCGGCUCCUUUUCCCGGGCUCUGGCUCUGGAGGUGGGCUCUCUGCACUUCUCCAACGAUUCCCUGCUCUUCUACUGCGACGUUGACCUGCUGUUCUCCAGCGACUUCCUGAAGCGAUGUCGGACCAACGCCGCCCUGGGAGAGCAGGCUUACUUCCCCAUCAUCUUCAGCCAGUACGACCCAAAGAUAGUGUUCUCCGGAAAGGUCCCGAGCAACAACCAUUAUGUCUUCACCUCCAAGACGGGCUUGUGGAGGACCUAUGGUUUCGGGAUCGUCUGCGUCUAUAAGGGGGAUCUGGUCCGAGCCGGGGGCUUCGACACCUCCAUACAGGGCUGGGGUCUAGAGGACGUCGACCUUUAUAAUAAAUUUGUCCAGUCGGGGAUCCGGCUGUUCAGAAGCACCGACACAGGGAUAGUACACGUCCACCACCCGGUCAUAUGUGACCCCAACCUGGAGGCGAAGCAGUUCAAGAUGUGCCUGGGCUCCAAAGCCUCGUCGUACGGCUCCACCCAGCAGCUCUCUGAGCUCUGGCAGGAGAAGAACGACCACGGCUUCCGGAGGCUGGCCAGCAGCAACGCCUCGGUCAGGACAGCAUAAUGAAAUCUACGCCUUCUGCUUUACGGCUCCCUCCUUUUUUAAUUUAUUUUAUGGCAAAGAAAAAGGAUUUCCUGUUGAAAUAGUUUGAGCGUUUUGUGAUGACAGGACUCGAUGGAAACGGGCGGGGCAGCGGCGGUUCUUUCUCUGCACCUCAGUGAAGUACACGGUCUUGCUCUCCAAAUACUCUGUCAGGUGUGUUUGUGUGUACUUUACAGACCAGAGUACUUGGAGCAGAAUGCCCCUCCUGAUUGGAAUGUUUACACAAGGCCGUGCCUGGACGUGGUCCGAUCAACGCUUGGCGAAAAAAACCAAGGAGCCCUUCAGUUAGAUGUCUUUUUACCUGGUUUCCUUUUUGUUCAUGUUUUUUUUGUUUUAGAUGUUACACCAUCACUGUUUCCCCCGCCCCACCCCCCUUUUUUAAUAUAUAUCUGUCAUUUUUUAUGGUUAUUUUUUUAAACCCUCCUGCUGGAUUUGAUAUCUGCAAUUCACUAUUUGUUGUCUAAUUUAUUGAAUUUGCAGACUCAGUUUUCUACCUUCUGAUUUUUUUGAACAGUGUAUAUUAAAAAGAUUGUAUAACCGCAUCAGUAGUUGUGAAAUAGCCUUUUUUGUUUCUUCUUCUUUGCGUAUCUAUUUUUGAAAAUUGUCACCAAAGAGUUCUGCAGUCUGCUUUAGACGUCAUGUUGCCUGUGUGAGUGAGUGGGUGUGUGUGUGUGGGCAGCGUGCUGCAGGUGUAAACAUGGAGCUCAAAUAAGUCUCCCUCCUGUCACGGGCCUUCCUAACGGACUGAACCGAAGGCCUCAGGUCAGCAGCAAAGGGGAGCAGAGCUCUGGUCGGCCAUCUUGGUCGCAUGCUGCCGUUCCUUUUUAUAAAAGACUUCUUUGUUGGAAUAAAGUGUUGUUUCUUGUUGCUGCCUGUGUGGGCGUGUCUGCAGUUUCUGUUCUGUUGCAAUAAGAAAUAAAGGCCAACGUUUGAUCUUGUUUUCA